AUGCCGUACGUUACGACACCUUUUUUUCUUGCACUAAAGGCAGGAGAAGAACUUCCACUGCGACCUCGUAAAGGCGCAGAAGGUUUUUCCUUUACGACAUUAUUGACAUCAUUGGUAUUCACUCGUAGAUGUGGCAAGGAAGCAUCAAUCCCAUCAACUUUGUCUUUGGUGGUAUGCUGUGAUGAUGUGAAUAAGGAUAAGAAGAAUAGUACUGCUACUAAUAGUUAUACAUUAGCUAGUCACACCUUUACCAAAGCCUCUGGUGGUGAUGUUUCUGCUGAUGAGUCUGUUGUAGUAUCUCUACCAUCCCCUAUUCUUUUAACAUCUCGGGGUAAUGCUUUUUCGUUGGUGGUAAAAAGCACUGAUGAAAAGUCAGUUAAACUGUCUUCUGAUUCGAAGAUUAAUGGGACAGCUGAAAAGAGUCCCUCUACUGCCUACGAAAUUACGAUGCAUGGGUCCCAAAGGACUUUUUUGACGAAUGAACAGAUGCAGUUAUUAAGCAGUGCAGGUCGUUCUUUGUAA